GUUUACUUCGAUUAUUGCCCAACCGGCAGAUUGUUGGCAUGAAGCGUGCCAACAGCCAUGGAUCUUGAAGGCUACGGAGAGUUCACCGGUGUCUCGGAGGACGAGGAUGACGACAUUGCACGCUUUGAGAGGCAGUGUGCAGAGCGUGCCAGAGCCGAGGGGGAGCUGCCAGAGGAGGGUUCUGAGGAGGAGGAUGAGCAAAUUAGAAAGAACCGCCUCAUGGGUGGAAGGAAAGAUAGUGGACAGCCUCAAGAUCCCAGUGAAUGGCAGGAAAAAUGCGAACUUUUACAGGAUAAGCUGGGAAGGCGAGAAGCUGAGCUUGCUCAGGUCAAGGCUGAUUUGGAGAUGCUUCGAAGUGAUGGUCUUGGCCCAGACGAUCCGCAGACGGCAUUGAAGCAACGACUCCUGGAGCUGACGAAGAAGAACCGACGGCUGCAGGUGACUGUAGAGGGACAGCGAGUCCGAGUCAAAGAGUUGGAAAACGAAGUGAAGAAGCCGAAGGAGGAAGCAAAGAAACAGGCAGAGGAGAUGAUCAUGCAGAACGCUGCCCUCCUCUAUGGCGAGGCUGGGAACAUGGAGGACUGGAAGAAGAAGUACCUCACAGCUUCGAACCAGCUUCAACAAGUUCGGCACGAGCUGCAAGAGCUUCGGGUACUGGUUCAGAAGCAGAAGAAGGUGCUUCUGAAAGAACUUGGUGGGGAGGAUUGCAUUCAGCAGGCAAUGGGAGUAGCAGAUGACCCGAUGGCUUUGCAGUGGAAGGGACGAGCAGCACAAAUCGCUCAGCUGCAGCGGCAGGUCAAGGAGCUCAAGGCAGGCGGCACAAGCACUGCUGGUCAGGAAGCUGCAAGCACCAUCCCCGCAGCCGCUGCUCCAGUUAAGAGCAAGGCGGUUGGCCAAGCUGCUGACAAGCGCAGGGAAGAGUUCGAACGUCUGCAGGAAGAGGUGGAGCGGCUCCGCACAGAGCAGACUGAGUGCAAGCAGAAGCGCGAAGCAUUGAGGUCCCGCUCGUGCCUGUUGGAGACGCAAUUGAGAGACAUGAAGGCCAAUGUGCAAUUCCUUCUGCGUAAGAGUGAUGACGAUGAUGCUUUGGUGGCCCUGCUUCGGAAACAGCUGGGGCGAGAGGAAGCUGGCGUCAAUGGAGAUGGAGGAGAUGAGCUGAAUUACCUGCGGCUGCAAAAUGGCGAGUUGCAGGCCCAGUUGGAGAGACAAGCACAGAUUGUGCUGCAGCUGAGGCAAAAGGCUUUGGCGGCCAGCUGCGAAAAUGGCUCGGUACCUUUGGGGCCGAAGAGUGUGGAAGCCUCCGUGACCGAGCGCCAGUUGCUGGAUCGCGUGCGCUUUCUGGAGGCGGAGAAUGCGAAACAAGCUGAGCAGGUGCAGCUGUUGAAAGGCCGUGGCGCCGGCUACCAAGACUUUUCCACAAGUCUGAAGGAGCAGCUCAGGCACGAGCCCGGCGACACGCCCAGCGAAAGAGGGUCACGCCACAUGAGACAGGGCAGCAGACCCUACUCUGAGUCUGGAUCCGAGGCCUAGUUCUUCAUCUUCAAGGCAGCAUGUCUUUAGCAGUCCUGUGACUUGUCAACAAGAUCAAUGAUUCUACCAAGCAUUUUUGUUGGCU